CACGGGAGUGAAACGGAGCGUGAACAUACCAGGGUGUCUCUGCUGAGUGUCGACUGGGUUAGCGAACUCGAGGGAUGGCGAUUAAAAUCUCCGUUGUGUCGGCCAUUUUGACGCUGCUGAUAUGCGUGUGCACGUGCUCUAUUAUCGACACACGAUGUUUUCCGGGACAGACGUGUUGGCCGAAUCAGCGCCAAGUGUUCGAGUUUAUCACCUCGUUGAGUGGUAAAGUUUACCAGCCGUCUAACAAAGAAUACUCCCAGUUCAACACCUACCGCGAAAUCAGAUACCACCGAAGCCCCGCCUUUGUUGUCUACGUAACUGGGGUAAAUGACGUCAUAGCCUGCAUGAAAUUUGCCAGGAAGCACAACAUCCUAGUGACAAUCAAGUCAUCCGGGCAUUCGUACAAUGGUCGAUACACGCAUGACGGAAGUCUGCAGAUAAAUAUGAUGAAGAUGAAAUACAAGAAUGUGAAAAUCGACUCUGACCGAAACGAAGCAGGGGAGAUAACCGUAGAGACGGGUAAUACGUGGAAGGAAAUUUACCAAGAGGUUCAAAGGUACGACCGUGUUGUCGUAGGCGGAAGUGAGCACACGGUGACACCUGGCGGAUACACCCAAGGGGGAGGUCACUCUCCGAUAUCGAGAUCGCUUGGUCUGGCGGUCGACCAUGUUAUCGAGGCUCAGCUCGUCACAGCAGACGGUCGACUCGUCACGGCGCGGGAAAACGAGACUCUCGUCACCGACGCAGACGAUAAAGUCACCCGGAUUGAAAACGGAGACCUCCUGUGGGCGAUCAGAGGAGGGGGAGGGGGCGUAUGGGGGGUUAUAAUCAACUACACGUUCAGACUGCACCGGCAACCUAGUGGGAUGGUUACAAGCAAGCACUUCUUUGAAUUCAUCGUCAACGACACCGUGCCCGGGACACAGAUUCUCAAGAAUCUUUUCCCAAUGCUGAAGGAACUGCCGCCCGAGUGGGGGGGAUACCUCCUCAUCAACAACUUCAAAACAAAGACUUUUCAACCUGGAGCGUGGGGCCACAUUACGCUAGCUCUGAACUACUUCGGGGACUGGGAUUCUCCGAAAAGAAACAAAAUUAAAACAAUCGUCGAUAUCACGAACAAACAUUUUCACUUUAUGUCUAACAAAACGUCGUUCUGGGACUAUACGCAAGGUACGAACAGCACCGAGGUGGCAAGUUCUCGAACGUACAUAGCCAACGGAUUUCUUCACAGCAACGAAACCGACUUCAGUGACUGGGUGGACGCCGUAUCUACAUUUAUGCUGAAGAACCGAGACUCAGCAGGCUGCACUGGGACACUGCUAGGAGGUCAGGUGAACGUAACUAACCCUGCAACCUCAGUGUCGCCCAAGUUCCGGUCCGCCACGUUUGCGAUGACUUGUUACACCGCCUGGUUGGACGAGAAAGACGACGAGAAACAUCUUGAAAUGGGACGCCAACUAAACGACGAUCUGGUCGAAUACGGCGACGGGGUCUACUACAACGAACCCUCGUUCUACCUGCCCGCGUGGAAGGAGGAGUUUUGGGGAGGAAAUUACGACAGAUUACUCGCCAUCAAGCGGAAGUGGGAUCCAGACAACUUCCUGUGGUGCCACCACUGCGUCGGGUCGGAUCUGUCUCCCAGCGGAAAACCAGGACCGAUCACGUGCGCAGGUGACCGUGCCAACGCACUGUGGUUGGUUGUUGUAUCACUCACAACGUUAACUGGUGUGUUUUAAAUCGCAUUAAGUAAAGCUACUUGGUUCUUUAACAACAUUGUAUGGUACUUUGGUCUACUGGCGCCGCCACACAACACAAGUGUCUCGUGCGAGAAAAGCUAAUUGUAAUCAUAAUUGUAAUGUCUGUCUUGUCACAAUGUGCUAUAUGUGUGUGACGUUGCCUUUAUGCGUUGUUCUUUCUUAGAAUUGUCAUCUUUAAACAUUAGUCAUGUAGAAUUUGUUUCUAUAGUCCGUCCCACAGGGAAUGCCCUUUUUCAUAGUAUGGAAUUUACUACCAGUUAUUUAUUUCUGAGGCGAUUGAUUCGUAAAUUACACACAAACAAAUAGUGUUAUUUUGUUAUUUCCAAAUCACUUUUAAUUCUUCUUACGUAAAACCAAACUGAAAUUAUUUUCAACCCCCCCAAAAAAACCAACAACAACAAAACAACAACAACAACAAAAACCCAGAAUGAUGGGACGGACUAUAGGUGUAUACACACAUGUAGAUCAGGUGUUAUCUGGCAGGGCCGUAGAGAUAGGUACAGCAGGUCAGGCUUUGGAUUGAUUUGUAUUUGGAAGAAAACAAAAUGUGUGCAUGGGUGUCGUUAGUCCUGCCCCAAACACUGUAAUCGAAACUGAUUUCUACUCCAAAAUUAUCCAGAAUGCAGCAAAAAAGCUUUUAUUUAAAACUAAAUAUGGGUGCGGAGGCAUUAUCACAUAUCGUCUAUGCGCCGUGUAGACAAAAUAGGUCCUACUAAUAAUUUUGGGCAUCCUACGGGCCUGUCUAGCCCUGUUCUGUUCAUGUGUGGCUAGAGGACACUCGAGCUAUAUCAUCUCGUUCCCCGAAAUUUCAAAUGUUUCCUAGAGAUCAGUAAAGGCUUAUACGUGUGAUGAUCAGUGUGGUGUGUUCCGACUGAUCGCAAAUCACGUGAUUCAGUUGCUGGGUUGCAGUGUCGUUAGUAUUUCGGCGCUCUCCUGAUCUGGGGCCUAAUUCACAAAGAUCUCUUAGGCUCUGUUAGACAACAAAGCAUCCUCUUUGCAAGUCUUUUAGCAUUGCACUGCGAGAUCGAAAAGUUGCGAGAUCGAAAAGUUGCGAGAGUUUAGUGAAUUAGGCUCCAGCACAUUAAGUGGUGUCAAAAUAUCGCGCAUGUUCUAUGUCGUCUGAAUUACCAAAUGUUUGACAUCCAAUAGGCGAUGAUUAAGUAAUCAUUGUGCUCUAAUGGUGUCGUUAAACAAAACAAACAGUGCCGUCUGCUGCCAGAUAUGUAGUUCGCGCCAACACAGACGCGGUGUGUUUUGUUGUAUUUAAUUCAGUGGGUUUCCUUUUCGACUGGUACCUUACUCGCCAAACCUAGACCCAGCUCAAGAGCGUUUUGCGUCAUUAGCUUUUAUAGACAUUAAGACAACGGGGAAAACACCCCGAGCAUAAAAAUGAACACUCUAAGCUAAGAUUCAAACAUAUGUACCAUUCAGUGUUUUUAGAGGGUCACGCACCUUUAAAACAAACUGUCUACUAAACAAAGACAAAUAACGAUUAUAGAAUUUCUCUGCCACUCACAACACGCAAGAUAUAGAUAUUUUAUACUUGUACAUUAUGUACUUUGUGCGUUUCUAUUAAAGGCGCAGAUUCACAGUUUAAUACCGUAGUAACAAAAAUGGUCAUUCAUUUCUCUUGUGAAAUGUAAAGAUUAUUCUAUUACAAAACAUUACAGAAACGCAUUGGUUAUAGAGAGAUUUAUAUUUUAAACAAGAAACUAAUUAUAUUAUAAUUGUAAUAAUGUAAAGAUUUUUUAAUUGCCAUAAAGAUUUUAAAAUGGCAGCAAAAGGGAUAGUCCAUUUUGUAGAUUUAAUUUUUUUUAAAUAUUUUAUUACGUGUACGUGCAUUUUUCACUUUUGAUAAAAAAAAAUGUAUGCAUUAAUUAUUUAAAUGCUAUUCAGUCUUGCGUUAUAAGUAUGAUAUUAUAAUAAUUAUUGUAAUUUUAAUCUGUAUAUAACGAAAAUUAUGAUUGGCUAAUUGAAUCCAGCAUUAACGUGUUGGAAAUUGGGGGAUUCCUUGAGAGCCUAUUUACAUAUUCAUAUGCUACUCCUCGAUACUUAUUUUUAAAAUAUCACCCAUGAUUAGAGAAACACGCAGUUUGCUUGAAAAAAAAAAACAUU